ACAGUCUGAUGAGUGAGUAGGAGUCUCUCUCUCACUCUUCUGCAUUCCUGCAAGACAACUUUGACUUCAGGUUUAUUACUAGCAGGCAUCAGGGAAAGGUACCAGAGGCUCCGACUUGACCAGGUCUGUAGCUGCUCAUUGGAGGGAAGUCCCAUCAAGAACGUGAGAGGAAAGAAGGAGCAAAAGGGACAGGACACUAGGAAGGCAAAGGCCUGGACCUGGCAAUCACAGAAGUAUGACUGCAGUCCUGCAGUCUAAUCACCUCACCAUGCAGACAGAGGCAGAGGAGAUGACUUCAACAAUGCUGUCGCCCCCAGGCUCACCUCCACUCAACGACAGCUGCAACAUAGCGCCUCUCACUCCCUCGCCAUCACCGAAGUCCAUAACCAGGCCCAGAAGCAGUCGUCCUUUCUCCGUGGUGGUAGCGAUCGACUUUGGGACCACUUCAAGUGGCUAUGCGUUCAGUUUUACUCAGGACCCAGAGGCUAUUCAUAUGAUGAGACGAUGGGAAGGUGGUGACCCCGGUGUGGCCAAUCAGAAAACCCCCACCUCUUUGCUUUUGACCCCUGACAAGAAAUUUCACAGCUUUGGCUUCAUGGCAAGAGACUCCUACCAUGACUUGGAUCCAGAGGAGGCCCGUGACUGGCUAUAUUUUGAAAAGUUCAAGAUGAAAAUUCACAGCACCACGGACCUGACAAUGGAAACUGAGCUGAUGGCAGUCAAUGGCUCUCAUGUAAAAGCCAUUGAAGUGUUUGCCCAUGCCCUGCGCUUCUUUAAAGAGCAUGCCCUAAAGGAGCUCAAAGACCAGUCAUCAUCAGUCUUGGAGAAAGAUGAAAUCCGUUGGGUGAUCACAGUGCCAGCCAUAUGGAAGCCCCCGGCCAAGCAGUUUAUGAGGGAGGCAGCCUACUUGGCUACUCUCAUCUCCCCUGAAAAUCCAGAACAGUUGCUAAUAGCUUUGGAGCCUGAAGCUGCCUCCAUCUACUGUCGGAAGCUCCGACUCCACCAAGUGAUCGAUCUUAGCAGCCGAUUGAUUCUCAAUGGUUUUGACCAGGAAAUUUCAAGUCCCCUGGAUUCUGGCUUUCGACAAGCGAGAGAACAACUACGAAGAGCCAGACACAGCCGAACCUUUCUUGUGGAGAGUGGCACUGGAGAACUGUGGUCUGAGAUGCAGGAAGGUGACCGUUACAUUGUAGCAGACUGUGGUGGUGGCACAGUGGACCUCACCGUCCAUCAAAUUGAACAGGUACAAGGAACCCUGAAGGAACUCUACAAAGCAUCAGGAGGUCCAUAUGGAGCAGUGGGAGUGGAUCUGGCUUUUGAGGAAAUGUUGUGCAAGAUUUUUGGGAAAGACUUUAUAGACAACUUCAAAGCCAAGCGUCCAGCAGCUUGGGUGGACUUGAUGAUCGCCUUUGAGGCCAGGAAGAGAACUGCAGCUCCUGGGAGAGCCAAUUCCAUCAACAUCUCCCUGCCAUUCUCUUUCAUUGACUUCUACAAGACACACUGUGGGCAGAGUGUGGAGACGGCACUUCGAAAGAGCAAUGUCAACUUUGUAAAGUGGUCUUCCCAGGGAAUGCUUCGCAUGACAUCAGAGGCCAUGAAUGAGCUCUUUCAACCCACCAUUUCCAAAAUUGUCCAGCACAUUGCCGAACUCAUGAAGAAGCCUGAGGUGAGCGGGGUGCGCUUCCUUUUCCUGGUGGGUGGCUUUGCUGAAUCUCCAAUGCUCCAGAGUGCCAUCCAGUCCACUUUCAGCAGGACCUGCCGCAUUAUCAUCCCACAAGAUGUUGGAUUAACCAUCCUGAAGGGCGCCGUUCUCUUUGGACUUGACCCCACCAUCGUACGAGUGCGACGUUGUCCUCUGACCUAUGGAGUUGGAGUGCUUAACAAGUUCGUUGAAGGGAAGCACCCACGAGAAAAACUGCUGGUCAAGGAUGGGCGUGACUGGUGCACAGAUAUCCUGGACCGCUUUGUGACUGUGGACCAGUCUGUGGCUCUGGGAGAGGUUGUGCAGAGGAGCUACACUCCAGCGCGCUCCGGCCAGCGCAAGAUCAUCAUCAACAUCUACUGCUCGCCCACAGACGAUGUGGUCUACAUCACUGACCCCUGUGUGAGAAAGUGUGGCAAUAUCACCUUGGACCUCCCAGAAGCCAAAGAGGGUAGCUUGCCACGGAAGGGCCGGCGUGAAAUCCGAGCCAGCAUGCAGUUUGGGGACACAGAGAUCAAAGUUACUGCCGUGGAUGUCUUGACUUCAAAAUCUGUUCGAGCUUCUAUUGAUUUCCUCUCCAAUUGACUGCUUGGAGACAUUUCAGGGCCAAGUGACAAAAUUUGAAAGAUGUCCAUUUCUAUUCUUUGAUAUGGGGACACCUAAUAAGCUGUUAGCAGUGACCAAAGCAAAGUCUGCUAAUGACGUUCUGGUACAUCCAAAUAUAAAGCCUUAUAUAAAUAAAUUAUAUAGAGAUAUUGCAAAAUGCAGUUUAAAAAACACAACAUGUCACCACAAGACUAAUCCUCCACAUGCUAUACUGCUACGUCAAGAAGAGCUCUGUUUACUUCACGUUUGAUUCUGCUCACACACUUAACUUGCUUCACGCCAACCAACAAGGUUGAGCAAAGUGACGAGGUGGAGAGGUAUGGACCAUCGGAGGAAGAAAAUGACCGCGCAAAUAACACAGAAGAAAGCUGUUAUAAUGAGAGGGAAGGAGACGAAUGGGACAUGCAACAAGUGAUGAAGACGACGAGCCAGAGGCCCAUCAGGGCAGUCUCGUUCAGGCUCAACACUCCAGAACGCAGCUCUACUGAUCUGUGCAGGUUCGAAAAUCAGACUCUUCACCCCAACCCAUGGUCCUAACAGUUCUUACUGGUCAUGUGGUAAAGCCUUUGAAUUUGCAGGUAUUGUGCACUUGGGGUGCAUUAAGGUUGGCGGUUCAGAAGCCCUGCUCCACUACUGGCUGUAAGUAGACGUUUAGCACUUCACCUAUGGGCUGGUAUCUUUGUACGUUGAUUUCCUAAGCAAACUUUCUUGUACAAAUUAUAUUUUUCUAGAACAUUCUAUGAUCUUCGAGUCUUUCGUAAUGAAAAUUUAGAAGAAACUCAGGCCCUGUAGCUAUAAUCCCCCCUGCUUUACGGACCACACCACAGUAGAAUGCAUUGUGAAGUGGGCUGUGGGGUUACAGGGUGCCGCUUUAUCUUUGUAAAAGCUUCUCACCCAGACUAAGAGGUGCACCUUAUUCUGUUUUGUUGUAACCACUGUUUCCACCAGGAUGUAUUUAAUUAAAAUAAUGUUACAGACAA